AUGGAAUUUCACUACCUCUGCACAGUCUUACCUUUGAUUUGAUACAGACCAUUAAACCCUAUUUCCGUCUUCCCAUCUGCCUCUUCAUUCGACACUUGGUUCUAUCUGUCCCAUGAAACCCUUUUAUCUAUUUCUCCCUUGACGCCCUAGCUCGCUCUCUCUAUAUACAUAUAUGUAUAUUUGCUUUGAAGUGUAGGGAGAACAUUUUGGGUUUGCAUAUUCAAUCGACCUCCUGGCACCUACUGCCAAUCAGCUCUCUUCCACUUUGGCAACCAACAACAAUCAAUUUCAAUUAAUGUCGGUUUAUAUAGUGACCAGUUUAGGAGAGAUCGUUGUGGAUUUGCACACAGACCUCUGUCCCUUAACCUGCAAGAAUUUCAUAAAGCUCUGCAAGAUUAAAUACUAUAAUGGAUGUCUAUUUCACACGGUUCAGAAGGAUUUCACUGCACAGACGGGUGAUCCUACUGGAACCGGGACCGGUGGCGAUUCUAUCUACAAAUUCUUAUAUGGUGAUCAGGCUCGCUUUUUUGGGGAUGAAAUUCGUUUGGAUUUAAAGCAUACUAAGAUAGGCACGGUUGCCAUGGCUAGUGCUGGAGAGAAUCUCAAUGCUUCUCAGUUCUAUUUCACACUGCGGGAUGAUCUUGACUAUCUCGAUGGGAAGCAUACUGUUUUUGGGGAGGUUGCGGAAGGGCUUGAUACUUUGAAUAGGAUAAAUGAAGCGUAUGUGGAUGAGAAGGGCAGACCUUACAAAAAUAUUAGAAUUAAACAUACUUACGUACUGGAUGAUCCUUUUGACGAUCCAUCACAGCUAGCUGAGUUGAUUCCAGAUGCUUCCCCUGAAGGAAAACCAAAAGAUGAGGUUGAUGACGAUGUGAGACUUGAAGAUGACUGGGUGCCUAUGGAUGAGCAAUUAGUUCCAGGAGAGCUUGAGGAGGUUCUCCGUUCAAAGGAAGCACAUUCUAGUGCAGUAGUGCUUGAGAGUAUAGGAGAUAUUCCUGAUGCAGAGAUAAAGCCGCCUGACAAUGUGCUGUUUGUUUGUAAACUAAAUCCUGUAACUGAAGAUGAGGACUUGCAUACAAUCUUUUCACGUUUUGGAACUGUAACAUCGGCUGAAAUUAUCAGGGAUUUUAAGACUGGAGACAGCUUAUGCUAUGCUUUCAUUGAGUUUGAGAAUAAAGACUCUUGUGAACAAGCGUAUUUUAAGAUGGACAACGCUUUGAUUGAUGAUCGAAGGAUACAUGUGGAUUUCAGUCAAAGUGUUUCAAAAUUAUGGUCCCAAUACCGACGCAAAGAUAACAAAAUGGGUCAAGGAGGAGGUUGCUUCAAGUGCGGCGCUGUUGAUCACAUUGCUAAGGAUUGUACUGGAGGACCCACCAUCAAACAACCUCAAAAAUACAUCUUAAAGGACGAUAACACUCAGCGUGGUGGAGAUGAUAACUCAAGGUAUGAGAUGGUAUUUGAUGGGGACACUGCUGGUAGUCCGAAACGAGAAAAGAGACGUAGGGACUACGAAUCAAAAGACCAAAUUGAGAAACAAAAGGUGAACCAGCGGAGUUCAGAAGAGUUCAAUCAAAGGAAUCAUGAAAAGAAAGACUCCAUCGAUAGGCAUAAUAGGCAAAACGACAGAGACCAAAUUGAGAAACAAAAGGUGAACCGGCGGAGUUCAGAAGACUUCAAUCAAAGGAAUCAUGAAAAGAAAGACUCCAGCGAUAGGCAUAGGCAAGACGACAGAAGUAGAGGAUACAGAGACCACGAGAGGAACUGGGAGAAUAGGACAAGUCGAUCUGGUGAAAGUAAAAGAGACUAUGACAAGAGCGAUGAAAGAGAUUCUAGAAAGAGUGACAGGAGGUAUGAGAAGGAUCAUAGAAACAGAAGUGGAGAUGAUGAUGAGCGGAAUUAUGGAAAGAGCAGAGGAAGUGAUGAUAAUCGUGAGCAUUAUCGUGAUCGUGACAGCAGGCAUCGAUAUGACUAAAGGAGAUGAAAUCUUAGAUCAUGAUUUAUAGUCUUUAGUUUACAUACAUGCUCUGGGAUGAUGGCUUGCGACACCCCUGGCCAAUCUUUAAAAGUUUUGCAAGGUUGAUGGCUGCAGCUAUCUGUAGUCUUAUUUGCACAUUUGUUCACAUCCGCUGGGAUGCUUGUUCAUCUUAUGAAGCUUCCAAAUACCUUAAUGCACUUUUGAAAUGUACCGUGGUAAUGUUUUUGCUUCCUGAUCAUUGUUUAGGUGAUUCGAACUCUGAUUUUCAAAUAUUGUAAUCUAGUGCAAGUAUACAAGGAGAAUAAACUUCAUUCCAAUGGGUACCCGAAACCAUGUAGUGUUUGUUAUCUUUAGAUUAUCUCAUGUAAUUCAAAAUGUGAACUAAUCAAAAGGUGGGAAGUUGGAUG